AAUCGCAAUUUUCUUCUCCCCCGCCUUUUGGUACAGAACCCGGAGACAGCCUCGGUCUCUCUUGUGAGAAGGAGGAAGAAGAAGCCAUAGCCAUGCUUGGUCCAACUCUCCGCACAGCUCGCAGGAUCUCCUCUUCUUCUUCUUCUAAAUCCCUUAAAGAUCGUUAUUUCCCGCUGGCCUCAUCUCUUGCCGCUGCCAUCAAUAUCAGAGCUAACGCUUUCCCUUACUUCUCACAUUCUGCAUCUCAUUCCUCCUUAAACUCCCCCACACUCGAUCAUUGUUGCAACAAUGGCGAGAGUCAUCUGAACCAAGAACACCUUUGUAAUGGGAAUGACCCUUUGCCGUGCUCUUCUCAUAAACCAUUACUGAUAACUCGUACGACCUCGAGGAGGCGAAGCAUUCAUGGUUUACAGCCUCAUUUGAAUAGCAUUAAGUCGAAGACGUUUACCACUGAUACAUUUUCUGCGAUUGAGCUCGCAUUGGAUUCCGUUGUCAAGGUUUUCACUGUUUCCUGUAGCCCCAACUACAUUCUUCCAUGGCAGAACAAGUCCCAGCGGGAAACUAUGGGUUCCGGAUUCAUCAUAUCUGGAAAAAAGAUUCUUACAAAUGCCCAUGUCAUCGCUGAUCAUACCUUUGUCCUAGUAAGGAAGCAUGGUUCACCAACAAAGUAUAGGGCAAAAGUUCAAGCUGUUGGUCACGAAUGUGACCUGGCUAUUCUUGUCGUUGACAAUGAAGAAUUCUGGGAAGACACCAACUGUUUGGAGUUCGGAGAUAUUCCUAUCUUGCAAGAAACUGUGGCCGUUGUUGGUUAUCCUCAGGGUGGGGAUAACAUCUCUGUAACCAAAGGUGUUGUUUCUAGGAUUGAACUUACACAAUAUGUACAUGGUGCAUCCCAGUUGAUGGCUAUUCAAAUUGACGCUGCUAUAAAUCCAGGAAAUAGUGGUGGGCCAGCAAUCAUGGGCAAUAAAGUUGCUGGAGUAGCUUUCCAAAACCUUUCUGGUGCAGAAAAUAUUGGGUAUAUAAUUCCUGUCCCUGUGAUAAGGCAUUUUAUAUCUGGUGUUGAAGAGAGUGGAAAAUAUGUUGGAUUCUGUUCUCUUGGUUUGGCCUGCCAGAUUACUGAAAAUGUUCAGCUUCGAAACCACUUCAAGAUGGGCCCCGAAAUGACUGGAGUACUUGUGAACAAAAUUAAUCCCCUUUCAGAUGCUUAUGAUAUCAUGAAAAAAGAUGAUAUCAUCCUUGCAUUUGACGGGGAGCCUAUUGCCAAUGAUGGAACAGUAUCUUUCCGAAACAGGGAGCGGAUCACAUUUGACCAUUUGGUAUCUAUGAAGAAACCUAAUGAAAAAUCUGUGAUCAAAAUUCUAAGGAACGGUGAAGUUUGUGAGCUCAGUAUCACCCUCCGACCUUUGCAACCCUUGGUACCAGUUCAUCAGUUUGAUAAGCUUCCUAGCUACUACAUUUUUGCUGGUCUUGUCUUCAUUCCACUUACCCAGCCUUACCUUCAUGAGUAUGGAGAAGAUUGGUAUAAUACUUCACCUCGUCGCUUGUGCGAGAGGGCACUAAGGGAGUUACCAAAAAAGCCUGGCGAACAAUUUGUCAUCCUUUCACAGGUGUUGAUGGAUGAUAUUAAUGCAGGGUAUGAGCGUCUUGCUGAGUUGCAGGUUAAAAAAGUAAAUGGAGUUGAAAUUGAUAACCUGAAACACUUGUGCCAACUUGUGGACAAAAGUGAAGAUAGUGUAAGGUUUGACUUGGAUGAUGACAGGGUUAUUGUGUUGAACUUUGAAAUGGCUAAAAUUGCAACUUCAAGGAUUCUGAAGCGCCAUCGAAUACCGUCUGCAUUGUCACAUGAUCUUAUAGAAGAUUUAAACUUUCACAACUCUGAAUUGUCCUCAUCCUCAUAAUACAAUAGAUUACUUCAUUAGGAACUCUCUUCAAUAGGUUUUCAUGUUGAGAUUUAAUCACUCCAUUAAUUGUUCAUUUGAUUCUGCUGAAUGGCCAAUUUUUCUAAGAUGGCAAAUUGUUCAGAAAGGUAACUUAGCUUUAGUUGCCUGUAGUUUGAUUCCUUCUUUUUCUUUUUGAUACUUUUUUUGGCUCCAGAUUUCUGUAGUUUUGAUUCUUGAGAAUUAUUAUUAAUUUAUUCUAGAGGGAAAGGGAAAAGUAGUUGUAUUGUAUACAGUAAGGUGGAUCUGUACAAUUGAUUUUUUUAUUUUUUUUUUCCA